ACAAUUGCACACACCGUGCGCUUUUUGUUUUGGUUGAUGAGUAAUCUUUGAGAAACUCCGUCAUCCGUCAUUCCUUCGCAAUUAGAACUUGUAGUUGAAGAAAUCCUUUAAAAUGGACUGGUUAUUCGGCAAGAAGAUCAGCCCCGAUGAGAUGCUGCGCAAGAAUCAGCGAGCACUGAACAAGGCGAUGCGGGACUUGGAUCGCGAGCGUAUGAAAAUGGAACAGCAGGAGAAGAAAAUCAUCGCAGAUAUUAAGAAGAUGGCCAAGGAGGGCCAAAUGGACGCCGUGAAGAUCAUGGCCAAGGAUCUUGUCCGCACACGACGCUACGCCAAGAAAUUCAUGCUGAUGAAGGCCAACAUCCAGGCGGUGUCUCUUAAAAUCCAGACUCUCAAGUCGCAGAACACAAUGGCACAGGCCAUGAAAGGUGUAACGAAGGCCAUGCAGAAUAUGAACCGCCAGCUGAAUCUCCCACAAAUUCAGAAGAUCCUGCAAGACUUUGAGAAGCAGUCGGAAAUGAUGGACAUGAAGGAAGAGAUGAUCAACGAUGCUAUCGAUGAUGCUAUGGAGGAUGAAGGAGAUGAGGAAGAGACGGAUGCUGUGGUGUCUCAAGUGCUGGAUGAACUGGGCCUGCAACUGGGUGAACAAUUGGGAGAUCUUCCAUCUGCUUCGGGCUCCCUUUCUAUAGCUGGAGGAGCUGGUGCACAAAAAGCUCAAGCUGUGGCCGCUGGUGGAGUAGGUGGUGGUGGAGCUGCUGGUGGAGGCGGAGCUGGAGGUGGCGGUGGAGGUGGCUCAGGAGCUUCCGGUGGCAGUGGUGCCUCAUCGCCCAUGUCUGAUGCCGAUGCGGAUUUGCAAGCGCGCCUGGAUAAGCUGCGCAAGGAUUAAGCUACUCCUAAGAACCACUGCCUGCCCAUUUUAUAUAAGAGCCACCACCAGUUUGUAUCCCCCAGAAAGCGAAUGUUAUAUUAAAGAAGAGAAUGCUUGUGA